AUGCGAAUAUUUCCUUUUCCCCGUAUUGAUCAAAUCACGAUUCCGAAACCAGUUGAGCCAAAACCCCUUAUAUUGAGCAGUCUAUCGAUUGUGUUUGGAUUUUUGGUGGUCACUGGGGGAAUCGCUUUUGCAAUCGAAUGGGCAAUUUAUCGCAAUUAUGGAAAAACGAAGCCAGUUCAUUAUGAUGAUUGUGGAACAGCGGUUAUUAACUGUGAUACGAAUGGUUGUUCAAUGAGUAAUCGAGAUAAUUGGCCGGCUGAAAUCCGCUGUGUUUAUCGCUUCUGGCUACCCACAGAAUAUCAAACCAACAAUCUAGAAUAUUCAAUGAACAUUUUCAAUUCGGAUGCAUAUUCUCUUAAAUUUUAUUCAAUCGAAGGACUCAUCUUGUCAUCAAUAAUAAGCAAAGACUCGGAGCUUUCCUUCCAUGGAAAUUUCUUAAUUUUGGAUUUUCGUGCAAAAGAUUGGUCCUCAAAUGAACAGUGGAAUAUCACAAUACAGACAGGCUCCAAAACAACACCUAGUGAACACAUCAUAUACUACUCUCGUCUGUUUUCACUCCAAGAAGUGAAGCCAGAUUUAGGGAUUGGGACAGAAUAUUCCUUUGGGUUUUCACCUUUUGGAAAUCUUUAUGUCUUCGUUGACUCCUCUGAUAUGGAAUAUUGUGAAAGAGUUGGACUCUACGUUACCCGUCCUGGAUUGGCGUCAAUUGUCACAACCAUGACAGCGGCGCGUGGUUCUGAUCUUCAAGUUGGUUGUGUCUUUGAUGCAACACAGAAUAGAAUCGGAGUGACGAACAACAACACCGAGUCAACCAAUUCCGUGUCCUCGUUUCUUUAUUUUGUCGAAAAACAGCCAUAUGUGAUAUCAAAAGUGAUACAAGCAAAGAAUAACAGAUGGGUGAAUGCAACAACUUGCUCGUCUGCUACAUCUGGUGAUCAAUCGGGUGAAUGUACUGGACAAUGUUGUCUUUCAGCAUGUGGAUGCUGUAGUAGUCAGCAAGCCAUUGUUGUUGUGACGAUAAUCACCAAGAACUCUGCUCUCACCAUCAGAAAUCUGGCAUUAACUGGGAAAGGAAACACAGAUAUUGUUAGUAUCUCUCGUGAUGGGAUUGCUGGCAUGAAUGACCCUAAGAACUAUAUUUACACAGACACGUCGAUCUCCGCUUUACAAAAUGAAAUCCGAAUUAAUGGAAGUUCGGCAAUUACCAUUCAAGCUUUAGACGCGGAAAUGAUCAGCUUUGAGAUAGUU